CUCCUGUCAGCAGAUGAACAGUGGAUGAACCAGAGAAAGCCAAAGACCCCUCUCUGAAACAGCUGCUGCCAGGCUUGCUCAGUCUAUUUCCAACCAUGGGAGACUUUGAAAAUGAGAGCAUUGUCAGUAACUCCAGUGGAGCACCUUCCUCUGCACUGUGCCACCGAGACACCACAGUCACCCACCUGGUCUUCCCAGCACUGUAUACACUCAUCUUCCUGCUGGGACUCAUACUGAACAGCCUGGCUUUGGGGGCUUUCUGCCACAUUCCAAGCACAUCAACUUUCAUUGUCUACCUGAAAAAUAUCUUAGUUUCUGAUUUGAUAAUGACCCUGAUGAUUCCUCUGAAAAUCCUGACGGACUCUGGCCUGGGACCAUGGCAACUCAAAGCCUUUGUCUGCCGCUUCUCAGCCGUAGUGUUUUAUGACACCAUGUAUAUUAGCAUCGUGCUACUGGGUCUCAUUGCUUUUGACAGAUUUCUCAAGAUUGUGCGACCUUUUGGGAAGUUCUGGGUGCAAAACCUGACUUCAGCAAAGAUCCUCACGGGUCUGGUCUGGCUCUUCUUCUUUGUUCUUUCACUGCCUAACAUGAUCUUUUCAAACAAGAAAGCAACACCCCAAUCUGUGAAGAAGUGUGCCUUGUUGAAGAAUUACUUUGGGCUCAAAUGGCAUGAAGCUGUCAAUUAUGUAUGUCAGUUCAUCUUCUGGACUGUUCUCAUCCUCAUGCUUCUAUUUUAUAUAAUUAUUGCCAAAAAAGUCUAUGAGUCUUAUAUGAAAACACAGAAGAAAGAAAACAAAAGUGAACGGAGAAUCAAAGGAAAAGUAUUCAUCAUUUUUACUGUGUUUUUUGUAUGCUUUGCCCCCUUUCAUUUCAGCAGAGUACCCUAUACUCUGAGUCAAACAACCACCCGAAUAGACUGCCAUCUGCAGAACCAGCUCUUUGUGGCAAAAGAAAGCACUCUGUGGCUGGCUGCCACAAACGUCUGUAUGGACCCCCUGAUAUAUGUGUGCUUGUGCAAACCAUUUGUAGAAAAGGUGUUAUGCAGGAGAGUAAAGACAUUUCAGAAAACAGUUCAUACAAAUCCCAAAACCGAACUGGACACACAAAUGUCUCCUACUGAAUCUUGAUUCUGCAGCUUCACUUGCUACAGCCUCUGCAUAUUCAUUUAGAACUUAAAAAAUAAUUUGUUUUACUUCUGCUGUAGAAAAUGAAAGGGUAAUUGUACUGUAAUAUUAAUACUUAAUAAAACCAGCAAAAUGGA